GGCGAGUGGUGGGCGGUGCAGCCGGUAGCUGGGUGCUGUCCGGAGGCGACUGGGCGUCGCUAGGGGAGCGAGCUGUGACCCGCCGGGCUGAGCUAAACGUGCUGCGAAGCUCUGACUAUUGAUCGCGUAGGCGCGGCCUCCCCUUCAUGUCGGCCCUCGAGAAGAACAUGCACCUCGGCCGCCUGCCCUCUCGACCUCCCCUCCCCGGGAGCGGGGGCAGUCAGAGCGGAGCCAAGAUGCGAAUGGGCCCUGGAAGAAAACGAGACUUUUCCCCUGUAUCGUGGAGUCAAUACUUUGAGUCGAUGGAAGAUGUAGAAGUAGAGAAUGAAACGGGCAAGGACACAUUUCGAGUUUACAAGAGUGGUUCAGAGGGUCCAGUCCUACUCCUUCUGCAUGGAGGAGGCCACUCUGCCCUUUCCUGGGCUGUCUUCACAGCAUCGAUCAUUAGUAGGGUUCAAUGUAGGAUUGUGGCUUUGGAUCUUCGAGGCCAUGGUGAAACAAAAGCCAGAAAUUCUGAAGACCUAUCCGCAGAAACAAUGGCAAAAGAUGUCGGCAAUGUGGUUGAGGCCAUGUACGGGGACCUCCCUCCUCCAAUCAUGCUGAUCGGGCACAGCAUGGGCGGUGCUAUUGCAGUCCACACAGCAUCAGCCAACCUGGUGCCAAGCCUUCUGGGUCUGUGCAUGAUUGAUGUUGUAGAAGGUACAGCCAUGGAUGCACUUAAUAGCAUGCAGAAUUUCUUGCGUGGUCGUCCUAAAACCUUCAAGUCUCUUGAGAAUGCCAUCGAAUGGAGUGUGAAGAGUGGCCAGAUUAGAAAUUUGGAGUCUGCCCGUGUCUCAAUGGUUGGCCAAGUCAAGCAAUGUGAAGGAAUUACUAGUCCAGAAGGCUCAAAGUCUAUUGUGGAAGGAAUCAUAGAGGAAGAAGAGGAAGAAGAAGAAGGAAGUGAGUCAGUAAACAAAAGGAAAAAGGAAGAUGACAUGGAGAGCAAGAAAGACCAUCCAUACACUUGGAGAAUUGAACUGGCAAAAACAGAAAAAUACUGGGAUGGCUGGUUCCGAGGCUUAUCCAAUCUUUUUCUCAGUUGUCCUAUUCCUAAAUUACUACUCUUGGCUGGUGUUGAUAGGUUGGAUAAAGACCUAACUAUUGGCCAGAUGCAAGGGAAGUUCCAAAUGCAGGUCUUACCACAGUGUGGCCAUGCAGUCCAUGAGGAUGCCCCAGACAAGGUAGCUGAAGCUGUUGCUACUUUCCUGAUCCGGCAUAGGUUUGCAGAACCCAUCGGUGGAUUCCAGUGUGUGUUUCCUGGCUGUUAGUGACCUGCUGUCCAUCCCCCCACAGCAUUGAGCACUCUUAUAAAUACACUGCACCAGAGGCCACUGUGAUGCUGCUGUCUCCUCUUCAUCCUGCCCGGCCAUGUAACACCGGCUCCCUGUAGAUGGGCAUCCCCAGAUGUACAGCCCUUUUUGUGUGUUCCUGCCAAAAGCAUUGUUUUCCAGGGUCCUCGAUCAACAUCGGCCUUCCUAGUCCAAGGUUGCCCACCUCCGCCCCUGUUCCCAUUCAGAGCUAGCCUCUGUCUUUUCUCCCUGCCUUGCCUCGGGUAGAGCUGCCACCUUGGGUCCCCAUUCUUGGCACUAAGCAACACACCAGUGUCCAAAUGUCUCCCCAGGCUUAGGGAACCCCGUUUCUUGAGAUUGUUCUUGGCAUCGUCCUGCCCUACCUCACAGGAUGGACCUUGCACAGAGUGGUCCUUAUAUUUCCCUUUCAAAUAAAGUAACAGUCAGGUACAUUUUUGUUCCAGUCUUACUCUUGCAGGCUUGGAAGACUAAGAGAGGCCAGAAUCCAUCUGGUCCUUAAGUACAGAGAGAGAUGGUGGAUAGCAUUACAAGAAACCAGCUUGAAAAUCAGAUCCAGCCAGUCCAAGCACAUAGCCUCCCAUUAGGGGAGAGUCCUCUGCCCCACUCCCACAUGUCUGGGCACCUGCCUUGGGCUGAGGCCAGGCUGCUCCAGGAGUCCCUUGAGCCCUCAUCUGCUGUAGAGCAACCCAGGUUAAACAGCCCAUGCACAAAGCUACAGGCUAGAGCCUGUGGAGUUGUUUUUAAGAGACAAAUUUAACCACUUUCAUCAUCGGUCCCUGGAGGUAUAUAGAGUGUGCGCUUGCCUCUUCUAGACCCACAGCUUUUGUUUGCCACUUGUGGUUUUCAUGUCACUCUUCUUACAACAGCCCAGCAUCCUCAGUCUUUGCCUUUUUCCAGCUGCCUAAUUACAGCACUGCAGCCUCCCCUGCUGCCCAGGCACGCCAUUUCCAUGGGCAGAGAGGGACAGUCUCCUGAAGCCCAUACUUUCUGUGACUGUCUUAGGUGAUGCAUAGCCCCUUUCACCUUUCCACCAAUGAGUUCCUAUGCCUGUCCUGCUGCACGGUCUGGAGUCUGGGACCUACUUUGUUAUUUAUGAUCUUGUUUAAAGAGAAUAAAUAUCUCCCAACCUUUAUUGA